AUGGAUUGGCAAUCAAAAGCAGCCAUCGGUAACAUAGUAGAUAUGAUUCGUUCUUCGGUUUGUGCAAUUGCAGAGAAUACAACAAUUUCUCAGCAACAAAAGACUUCGUUCAGGACUUCUGAAGCGAUUCCAGCCUGGGUAGCUAAGUUCAGCUUCGUACCCCCACAGGAAACAUCAAUUCAACGAAUGUUCUUCGGAGUCAUCGACAAAUACAAUCACCAUGGUUGCCCAUAUUUUCGACCCCAACAUACUGAAAUAGUUCUGGAAUGGAUCGGACCUGAUAAAAGUUUUGAGAAAAAUAGCACAAGCACAAACUACUCGGAGACCGACAAGUAUCACCACAUGAUGCAAGGUCUCAGCGGCUCGGGCACAGUGUUUUUCGUAUAUGGGGGUGCAUUCUACAUGAAUAGGCAGGCCAACUAUAGAAAGAUAGUUUCCCAGCUAUCGAGCAAGACUGGAUUACCUUGUGUCACAGUUGAUCAGCGUUUGGCACCUCAGCAUCCCUUCCCCGCGGCACUUUUGGAUGUUUUCCUUGCCUACAUGGCCUUACUGUCACCACCUCCGGGUUCCCCUCAUCCACAAAUUCCAGCUUCCUCCAUUGUCAUAGCAGGCGAUAGCUCAGGUGGUUGUCUAGCCUUGGGUCUACUUCAAUUGUUGUUGGAAAUCAAACGCAGUGGUAUCACUUCCAUCAAGUGCUAUGGUCGGAAUAUCCAACUGGAGCUACCAGCGGGCUUGACUAUACUUAGUGGGGUCGCAGAUCUCACCAACAGUCUUCCUUCCUAUCAAUUGAAUGCAAAAACUGAUGUUUUUCCUCUCGGACCACCUCCCUCUUCGCUUCCAGGCUUUCCGUGCUGUGAAAUAUGGCCUUCAAAGCCUCCUCGUGGAAACGUCUACUGCGAAACUGAAAUGCUAUGCCAUCCAAUCUGUUGUCCUAUCAUGGCAGAGGACUGGACAGGUGCACCCCCGCUGUGGUUCGCCAGUGGACAAGAGCAAGUUAUAGAUGGAAUCAAAAUCGUUGCUAAGACAGCAUCAAGCCAAGGGGUAGAAGUGAUCUUCUACGAGUACGAAUCAAUGCCCCAUACCUUCAUGUGGGUGCUUUCCGAAUCUCCCCAGCACCAGAAAUGUUGGGACGAUUGGAUUGAAGCCUGCAUGAUGCUUGUCAAAGGAGCAUCUCCUCCCUCACGUGGUGGAUUCGUGGAGGUCUUGGGCCUGACAACAAAGCAUGUCAAGAUAGAGGAGCUGACGCACCUCACGGCAAAAGAAGCCCGUGAUUUAGUAUAUAAGGCUUUGCGCGCCUUUCCGGUUUUUGUAGGGCAACCACAUGCAGCGCCCAAACUAUAG